AUGGCAAAGACCAGAGGAGGCCUUUUCGGCUCCCCAUCCUCACCGACACCUCGACCACAUCGAGCCGCCAUCGGAGCCGCGCCCUCGCCUCCUGUUCAGGCCCCGGCCAUUCCCCCAUCUGAGGGGGAAGCUCCUUCUCAGCGCCGAUACCCCACCAGGAGGCCACCCACGGAACCUGUGCCACCAGCCGAGCAAGCCGCGAGCCCUGUUUCUCGGCCACCAGCGAAGAGAACUAAGUUCUCGGGUCCUGGAGAGUCAUCCCAUGCGCCUCAGGCAGAGCCGCCUACAGAGGAGCCUCAGAUUCCUGUAGAGAAUAAUCCUGAGACCAUUAUCAGGCGUCCCAUGAUAGCCGGACCACCGAUAGAAGCCCCAACUGUGCCUACACCUCCAAAGCUACCCCGAGAUGAGCAGCUACCUCAGGCCCAGCAGGAUGAGAUUCUCAUAGACACCACACCUCCUGCCCCUGCAGCACACACCUCUGUGCAUAUGCCUGAGGCUAUACAUCCUUCUUCUCCUCUCACUCAGGCUGCUCCACCAGUCAUGCCAGCUACCCCAGUACCUCCUCCUUCAUCUGAGCCCACUGUCACCGUUUCUCUUACGGAAUUCAGAGGCCUAAUUCAGCAGCAUUUGAGUAUGCAGACACCUUUUGGGCAUGAUAGGUCUGCACCAUCCGAGCCUCUAGUGCCAGAUGAGGAGAGCUUACCAGCUGAGCAGCCUAUACCAGAGGAGCAGAUCAGAGCAGAGCCAUCACAUGAUCCCACUACUAUCUGA